GAGUCAGUCGGCAAGAGGUGCCGGGACUGAGCGGACGAAGCAGAGACAGACAGAGAGAGAGAGAGCGAUGGCGGGAGGCCGAGGCAACGGCGGCGGCGAGGGGCCCGCUCCAUGGUGGCGACUGCGGCAGAGAGGGAGGCGGUGCGGCUGCUGCUGCUGAGGCGGCCUCCUCGGCGCCUGGCUCCAUCCAGCCAACUGUUGCUGCCGCGGCGGCGUCAUCCUCGUCGUUUACCUGCAGAUGGAUUUCUUUGCAGAGGAGGAGGAAGGAGCCACACGUCCCCUGCCUGUCGCCUGACCAAAACAACAAAAAAACCCCCCAAAGAACACAAACAGACGGCCCAGGAAACAAUCAGAGGGUCCAGGAUAGAGAUUGUCGCUGGAGAGACUGGAUUUCAGAUCUUUUUUUUUUUUUUUUACAAAUAUCUGAAAUAAUAAACAGGAAAAUACAACGGCUGCCCAAACUUCCCAGAGAGAGAGAGAGAGAUAACGUGUUGGGCCCCCUCCUGCCUGAACUCUGGGUUUCACAUGUAACAGAAAAACAAAAUACCCGAGAUCUUCUCGCCAAACCGCUUUCGGGCACCCAUUUGUGUUAUUUUUGUGAGCGGGGCAGAAGCCAGAGACAGUCCAAGGGGAUCUGCGGGCAACACCCUCCCUCUGGGCUCCCUCCUGCUCUGUGUGUGUGCUCAAAAGAACAUUAAAAUACUCCUUCCCCUCCCUAUUUGUUAUAUUGCAUCCUCCGAUCUCUCCUUCCUUUCCAUCCCUGUCUAUGUGUGUCUGUGCCUUCCGAAGAGAGAGAUUGCAGCCGCGACACGCGUCAGGACACGAAGCAGCAGGAACUGCAUCCCGUGCUUCUAUGAACCGGAUUGAUUGAUCGAUUGAUUUUUUUUUUUGUUCCGCCUGACUCACCCCAGACUAGAAGCUGUGUGUGACUGAAUGACCCUUUUCCCCGGGAGGGACAAUAUCUAUCCGCCAAAUCCUCCAUUUUCGUGUGUAAACUGCAAGUCGCUUCUGGUGUGAGAGAAUUGGCCGUCUGCAAGGACGUUGCCCAGGGGAUGUUUUGCGGGAGGCUUCUCUCGUGUCAGCUGGAGCUGACAGACGGAAGCUCACCCACUCUCCCCCGAUUGGAGUCUCCGACCUGUCCGUUUUUAACCCGUUGCGCUACCGGUGGGCUCCUUAAAUCCUCCAGCAAUAAAACAUUAUUGUUCUCAUAGAAAGGGAAAAGACUGCGAUUCCUUUCCCCUUUCUAUUCAACAAGAUCCGUGUUUGGAGGAGGACAAAUCGGAGGCAUGGACGGCGCUGCCUGCUGAAGGCGAAGGCUGUUUCCUUCCUCUGGCGUGCGAGAGGAAGAGCGAGUGUGUGUGUGUGAGUGCGCGUGUGUGGUGUCUCUCCCACCCUCUCUCUCUCUGUCUGCCCGCCCCACCUCCCCCUCCCUCCCCGAUUCCCUCCCUCUCCCUUUUUUAAUCUCUGCGCCCAGCCCUGAGUCGCCUGUUGAUUUCCUCUCGACGACUGGCAAGGCGAGCGGACGGGAGAGUCAACGGCGACUGCGACUCAGACACGCUCCGCGAGGGAGAGCGCGAGGCGAUGUGGCGGCGCGAGCAGCAGCAGCAGCAAAGGCGGAGGCGGCGGAGGCUGCUGCUCCUGCUUCUCCCUCGCCUCUCCCGCGUGCCUUUUUGACAAGGCUUGGGUGGCUUCCCCUCCUCGGUGAAUCUUUGAACCCAGCCAUUCCGGAGGAGAGCCUCGUCUCCAACGAACAGCAACCCCACACGUAGCCGGUCUCCUUUCGCUCUCUCUACACACACGUCUCCGAAGAGACUCCUCAUCGUGUUGUCGAAGCCGGGGAGGCACUACACAGCAUCCUUUUCGCCCCUCCUGUCUCCCAGCUCGGCUUUUUUCUUCUUCUUCUUCUUUUGGCGGCGCCGCAGGAGGAGCCCUGUGUGUGUGCGCGCGCGUUGUGCGUGCGUUGUGCGUGCACCUCGGCUUGGAGAGACACAGCCGAGCAGCCCCGCGGUCUCCCUCUCCCGAUGGCAGGCGGCGGGAUGCGGUCCUCCGCCGCAGUCGGAUCGCGAAAUGCAGCAGCCAAAGACUCCCAGAGAGGAGGAAGGGAAUAAAACCGGGAGGGGAAGAAGCCGCCUCAGCCUGCCUUUGCCUCAGUGACUCUGCUCUCUGACACAGUCCUCCCAAAGACACGCCAAUCGCCGCUUCCUUUUUGAGUGUUUAUUGUUUUUUAUUUUGGCUGGGAUUUCACCUCGCGCUUUUCCGAUUGACUCAGGACACCGGCAGGCAUUUUCCCCCCCUGGUGUUUUGUACAGACCAAAGCUUUGCCUUUUCUCGUCUUUCUUCCUCUGUGAAGUUGGAACUGCAGCAGCAACAAAGGGGGGGGGGGAGAUCGAGAAGGGGGGGCACUAACAACAAGCCCGCUUUUCCCCCUCCCUGACUCCUUCCUCUGCCUCCUUCUCCCGCUCAUGGUGGCGCCGGGGCUUUGCGGAUCUUCCCGAGCAACAGGUCCAGGAACUUGAAAGGAAAGGCGAGAGGAAGGGAGGAAGGGGAGAAGUGAUGUCCCCGUCGGCCUGGUGCUGCUGCUGCUGCCUCGGCGUCCUCCUCCUCAGCUGGGCCCCCGCCUCGGCGCUGAAGAACCUCAACUACUCGGUGCCCGAGGAGCAAGGCGCCGGCACGGUCAUCGGCAACAUCGGCCGCGAUGCCCGGCUGCAGCCCGGGCCCGGCGGUGGCGGCUCUCCCUCCUCGGAUCGCCCCCGCGGCGGGAAGUCCACGUUCCGCGUGCUGGAGAACUCCGCGCCGCACCUGCUCGACGUGGACGGGGAGAGCGGCCUGCUCUACACCAAGCAGCGCCUGGACCGCGAGGCGCUCUGCCGGCGCAGCGCCAAGUGCCAGCUCUCGCUCGAGGUCUUCGCCAACGACCAGGAGAUCUGCAUGAUCAAGGUGGAGAUCCAGGACCUCAACGACAACGCGCCGGCUUUCCCCUCAGACCAGGUGGACUUGGACAUCUCGGAGAACGCGGCGCCCGGCACCCGCUUCCCCUUGGCCAGCGCCCACGACCCCGACGCCGCCGAGAACGGCCUCCGCACGUACCUGCUCACCCGGGACGACUACGGGCUCUUCGCGCUGGACGUCAAGGCCCGCGGCGACGGCACCAAGUUCCCGGAGCUGGUGGUGCAGAAGCCGCUGGACCGGGAGGAGCAGAGCCAUCACACGCUGGUGCUGACCGCGCUCGACGGCGGGGACCCGCCACGCUCCGGCACCGUCCAGCUCAACGUCCGCCUCAUCGACUCCAACGACAACAGCCCCGUCUUCGAGGCUGCCUCCUAUGUGGUGGAGCUGCCUGAGAACGCACCACUGGGCACAGCUGUGCUCGACCUCAACGCCACCGACGCCGAUGAGGGCACCAACGGGGAGGUGCUCUAUGCCUUUAGUGGCUACACACCGGAACGAGUAAGAGAGCUCUUCAGCAUCGACCCCCAGAGUGGCCUCAUCCGUGUCAAGGGCAACCUGGACUACGAGGAGGGUGCAUUGGUGGAGAUCGACGUGCAGGCCCGUGACUUGGGACCCAACCCCAUCCCAGCCCACUGCAAGGUCACUGUCCGGCUUCUUGACCGCAACGACAAUGCACCCUCCAUUGGCUUUGUAUCAGUGCGGCAGGGGGCCCUGAGUGAAGCAGCCCCGCCGGGCACCGUCAUCGCCCUGGUGCGGGUCACCGACCGCGACUCUGGCAAGAAUGGGCAGCUCCUCUGUCGGGUGCAAGGCGAUGGAGGUGGCGGUGGUGGCGGUGAGGGUGCUGUGCCCUUCACCCUGGAGGAGAACUAUGACAACCUGUACACCGUCGUCACUGACCGGCCCCUGGACAGGGAGGUGCAGGACGAGUACAAUGUCACCAUCCUGGCCAGGGACGGUGGCAACCCGCCACUCAACUCCACCAAAUCCUUCACUGUCAGGAUCCUGGACGAGAACGACAACCCGCCCCGCUUCAGCAAAAAUUUGUAUGUGCUGCAGGUUCCCGAGAACAACAUCCCCGGGGAGUAUCUGGGCUCCGUCUUGGCCAAGGACCCUGACCUGGGCCAAAAUGGCACUGUCUCCUAUUCCAUUCUCCCUGGGCAUGUCGGCGACGUCUCCAUCUACACCUAUGUCUCCGUCAACCCCACCAAUGGGGCCAUCUAUGCCUUACGCAGCUUCAACUACGAGCAGACCAAACACUUUGAGUUCCAUGUGCUGGCCAAAGACUCCGGCUCCCCCCACCGGGAGAGCAAUGCCACCGUUCGUGUCACAGUUCUGGAUGUCAAUGACAAUGCCCCUCUGAUUGUCUUGCCGGCUCUGAUCAAUGACACUGCUGAACUCCAGGUGCCACGCAACGCAGGCGUGGGCUAUCCAGUGGGCACGGUGCGUGCCUUGGAUAGUGACUUCGGAGAGAGCGGGCGCCUCACUUAUGAGAUUGUUGAAGGCAAUGAGGAGCACCUCUUUGAGAUGGACCCCACCAGUGGGGAGAUACGCACCCUGCACCCUUACUGGGAAGAGCUCAGCCCUGUGGCAGAGCUUGUGGUGAAGGUCAGUGACCAUGGGAAGCCCAGCCUCUCCGCAGUAGCCAAACUGAUAGUGCGGGCCUUGGCUGGGCCUCUUCCGGAAGCAGGGGAGCCCCAAGUGAAUGGGGAGCAGCACCGACGGCCCCACUGGGACUUGUCCCUCCCCUUGAUUGUCACCUUGAGUACUGUAUCCAUCAUCCUGCUGGCCGCCAUGAUCACCAUUGCUGUCAAGUGCAAGCGGGAGAACAAGGAGAUCCGCACCUACAAUUGCCGCAUUGCUGAGUAUAGUCACCCCCAACUUGGUGGUGGGGGUGGUGGGGGCGGUGGUGGUGGUGGAGGCAAUGGUGGAGGCAAGGGCAAAAAGAAGAAGAUCAGCAAGAAUGAUAUCAUGCUGGUGCCCAGUGAAGGAGAGGACAGUAGAGGGCCCCUGAACGUCAUGAACGUGGUGAGCAGCCCUUCUUUGGCCACCUCGCCCAUGUAUUUUGACUACCAGACCCGCCUGCCCCUUAGCUCUCCCAGGUCUGAAGUGAUGUACCUGAAACCUGCCUCCAACAACCUGACUGUGCCCCAGGGACACGUGGGCUGCCACACCAGCUUCACAGGGCAAGGGACUAACGUCACUGAGGCUCCUCCGAGCCGGAUGUCCAUAAUACAGACAGACAAUUUUCCCGCAGAGCCCAAUUACAUGGGCAGCAGGCAGCAGUUUGUUCAAAGUAGCUCCACGUUCAAGGACCCUGAGCGAGCCAGUUUGAGAGACAGCGGGCAUGGGGACAGUGACCAAGCUGACAGUGACCAAGAUACUAACAAAGGCUCCUGUUGCGACAUGUCUGUUAGAGAAGCACUCAAGAUGAAAACGACUUCAACUAAAAGCCAGCCGCUUGAACAAGGUUUUUCCCCCUGGACAGAACAUCUCCUCUCUCAUUCUCUCUGUGCCCAAAAUGAGAAUAGCUCUCAGACUGCACUCCUUGUUCUGACUCCACCUAAGAAACAUUAUGUCCAAGAGUACCAUCCACUCCAAGUUGGUUACCCCUAACAAGGUCAGUCUUGCUUUUUAUUGAAGAUACCUUGCACUGAGGAAGGUCAUGCAAGGAUGUUCAUGUUGGAAGGCACCUCUCACCUUGCUCUUCCUUGUUCCUUUUUUUGCUGUCUAGAUGUUUUUCUUUUUAUUUGGACCAUUUGUAGCAUGUUAAGAACUGAAAAUGUAGUCAUUCGCAGACCAGUGUAUCUAAAAUUCAUUUCAGUCUAAAAUAUUCAUUAUUUUAAAGCUUGAAUGUUAAUGUUUGGUUCACAUUAUUUAAUGCGUAAAAAUAAUUUUGUAAAAUUUACAGGAGAAAAAGGAAACCAUAUAACAAGUCAAGUUAAUCAUGUUUAGAGGGUACAUGUCUAGAUUUUAAUUUGUUCUUGUUUUCAUGCAUGUUUUCUUUGCUUUCUUGCUUUUGCAACUUUGUUAAAUAUUGCAUGAAGCACAGUGUGUUAUUAUUAUUUAGGAGCAAGUAAUGAUGGGGAUGUAUGCGCACAUCAUAUUGGAUUUCUAUAACUGUAACUGUCAGUGCUCAGGCCUUUCCACUGAAGAUGCAACAUGGUGAGAGCCCUGAGAAUUGUCUGUCCCUGAUUCCUACCACUUCUCUUACCACAGAGAAAAUCAUGACAACUCGCAGGGUCCCUUACAAUGAGAUCAGUCAUCUAUAGUGUACUUGUGCCUUUACUGAAGUAGGGAGCCUAGUUUCCCCCUGAACUACAUACAUCUCAGUAGAAGUCAAGCAUAGCAAGUCUCAUUCCAAUCAUAGUGAAGAAGAAAAUGUUAUUGUUACCUACCAGUUUAUACAACAAAGCUCAUUAUCAUGUUAAAGAACACCUUAACCCAAAAUUUCCAUAAAAGAGAUGAAAAUCUCCCUACUUAGCUUGCUUAGUCAUGGAACUCCAUUAGAAUUAAAUUUCAGAUCUGUAUAUGGAUGUGUGUGUGUGUAUCCAGUUAUGCAAAUUGCAGAAUUAGACUAUGCACAUAAUUAAAUGUGACAAUGGGCCAUGUCCUUCUUUCUGAAGAAAAACGCACAGAAGGGGAAAAUUUAAACUGCAUCAUCCCUAUUGUCUUUGUCUGAGAGAAAGGCUGCUAGUGGUGCAGAACUAGAGAGAGAUGUGUGCUGGUUGCAGAAUGUUUUUGGCACAAAAGAAAGGCACUUUAGUAUACAUGCCAAUAUUUCACAGAGAAAGAGUUGUGCCCAUAUUAAAUGUUGGUGUAAGAACAGAAAUGGGAUCAAGAAAGUUUGGGGGUACUGUUCCGUUAUCCAGGCAGAGGCCACUAGAGGACACUAGAGAGAGAAGGAUAGUUCAGUUUAUAGGGGGAGGAGUUGAACCAUUUUGCCCGUUUUUGCUGGUUAUUCCCCCUCCUCUCUUCUCAUAUCAUAAAAGAGGGUUGUUUUCACAAUGAGGACAUUGGUGGGGGGAAUAACUGGAAAAACAGAGGUAAAUUGUUUUCCUCUUUAACCCACCAUCCACCCCCAUAAAAUGGACUAUCCUUCUUUCUCUAUCGCCCCCUAGUGGCCUCCACUUAGAUAAUGGCACAGUACCAGUUUGGGUACAUCCCAACCUGGCCUGGCCAUGAUGCCCAGUUAAAAUUGGCCUCCCAUCACCUUGUUACCUGGUGGAAUAACUGAAGGCCAAUGGAAUGAUAGACUCAAGAGAGCAGAUCCAUAGAGAACAACCUAUCAGAGGAUCUCUUGUAUGGUGUGCACUCAUUUUAAUAACGUUUGCUCUUGGAAUUCAGAUUUUCUCCUUUGGCCGGAUAGAUUAUUUCAAGACGCCUUUAUAAACACCUGAAAUAAUCUAUAAUUAGAGAUUCCUGUCUAUCUUUUUUUUCUCUCUCUCUCCCCCCCCCCCCCCCGCCCCCCGUUUCCUUCUCCCUUCCUUUCUUCUUCCUUCUUUCUACCUUCAAUCGAUAUUCCACAAUGUAACUAUUUAAACUGAUAAUGUUGACUCAAAUUUUCUGGACAUUUUCAUCUGUGGUCUUUUUUGUUCUUAGAGUUGAAAGUUAUUGUUUAAAAAAUUAAACUACCUCCACUGCAGAAGCAGGUAUGUUGUGUCAUGACUACAUGCAUCUGAGUGGAAAUUUUAACAAGUUUUAGGUGAACCUGCACUUCUUCUCUUCAACACAACUGGUUAAAUUUCAGUAAACAUGUCGUCUUUCCUCAUGAACAUCAAGACAUGUAGUAGCCUUACAGAAAGUUUAGAUUUAUAUUACACACAUUCACACACUCAUACGUAGACUCAAGGCAAUACAUAAUAAAGGGCUUUUUUUCUAAUUCAAUUUGGGGUAUGAAGGUCCAGUGGGAAACCCAAACAAGCUGCUUGGAAAAGACGUAGCCAGCUGUUGCUGGAAAGAGGUAAACAAUACUUGGGAGAACAGAAUUUCUCCUUUGUGGUUUCCCUGCAGGCAUUUACAAUUCUUGGCUGCUAGUACCCUUAGGAGAUAUGAAAUAGCAAUAUAUUUGGUGGGAUGGAUGGGAAAUAGCUGGUGAGAUGCCUUUAUAAGAACCCAUUUCUUAUAAAUUAUGCCUCUUGCAUAAUAUUUUCCCUACUUGAGUUGCCUGAACACUCUCUACAUGAUCGGAUGUGAAAAUAAUUGGAGUAUAUCCCAUGUGUUUGGCAAAGUGUGUCAUUUGUUCUCAAGAACUCUAGCCCCAAGUAUUUCAAAUGAGUAAAUUAGUCAUCAUAAAAAAGGUUUGGGUGUUUUGAUGUUUAGAACAGUGGCAUAACUGUAGUUAAAUAACUAUAGCAUAAGUAAUUGGUACAUGGAUCUCCCCCACCUCUACCCCAGUCAAAGCCUGCUGACAAGCAGUAUGGGAAUUGUGUUGUUGAAGGUUUUCAUGCCCAGAAUCACUGGAUUGCUAUGAGUUUUUUGGGCUGUAUGGCUAUUUUCCAGUAGCAUUCUCUCCUGAUCUUUCACCUGCAUCUAUGGCAAGCAUCUUCAGAGGUUUCUUCAGAGGUCUGAAAAAACUUCUGAAGAUGCUUGCCAUAGAUGUAGGUGAAACGUCAGAAGAGAAUACUACUGGAACAUGGCCAUACAGCCCAAAAAAAUCACAGUAACCAAGUAUGGGAAUUCUUGAAUACGAUUACUGUAAAUAGUAAUACCCUUGGUGGCACAGUGUGUUAAAGCACUGAGCUGCUGAACUUACGGACCAAAAGGUCCCAGGUUCAAAUCCCGGGAGCUGAAUGAGUGCCCGCUGUUAGCCCCAGCUCCUUGCCAACCUAGCAGUUCUAAAACAUGCAAAUGUGAGUAGAUCAAUAGAUCUACUCCAGCGGGAAGGUAACGGUGCUCCAUGCAGUCAUGCCGGCCACAUGACCUUGGAGAUGUCUAUGGACAACGCCGGUACUUUGGCUUAGAAAUGGAGAUGAGCACCAACCCCCAGAGUCAGUCACAACUGGACUUAAUGUCAGGGAAAACCUUUACUUUUACCUUUCGAAGGAAGAAUCUGUCAGCUUCACUAAACUCAAGUUCUUUUCAUCAGAUUUGGGGGGAAAAUGUGAACCUUUACCCCCCAAAAAAAGAUUGAAACAGAUCUGUCAAUUGUAGGCACUGGCCAAGUAACUAAAUGCAACUGUUGGAGAGGAUUGUAUAUCAUGCCCAUUGCAUAGCUGUUCAACAUGAGUCAUCUUGCAAGGCAUUGGGUGGGGAAAAACAGGCAGUGACCCUCAUUCAUUAUAUACAAUUAAAUACACAAUUAUAAAUGAUGUCCUCUGCCUAGAUGACCAUGUGUCAGUUUUGAUUUUUUCUACAGCUUGAUUUUAAAUUCUGGCCAUGAGAUUUAUGAGAAAUAUUUGUAGGUUUUGAGAAGUUGUUAUCAAAAGAAAUCCCAUCCGAGCUGUGUUUAUACUCGGCAUCACUCUUAUGCUUUUACAAUUUCUUUCCUUGUCCCAAAUUCGGUUGAUGUCUUCUAUAAACUCCCUUGAUCCGAGUGCUAUCAGAACCUGCUGUUCUUGAAAGCAGGAAGGAUUUUGUAAUGUCGGUGUUAAUUUUAUUUCCUUUGGAAAAAUGCCAUGAGCAACAGAUAUUAUGCUUGAUUUCUCCCCUCUCUUGAAGGUGCAUGCCCUUUUUAAUGUGGAAGAUCUGCUGCGAAUUUCUUCCAAAGGGGCUGCUUGUGACUACAUGGUGUUAGGGGCAAAUGCUACAUAAUUUCCCGUGAGUGGUGUGCCAAAUUACAUUUCCUUCCAUCUGCUGUGCCGCUCAGAAAUAGAGGGCAAUUGUCUCUAUUGUUAACAAAACUGUGCUGUGACAUCAAAACAUCUUUCUUUAAAGUGUGCAAACAAAGCAUACAGAUUUAGGAAUGCCUUCUGUUAGUGUUUGUCCCAGUGAAAGCAGUAAGGCUGCUCAUUUGAGUGAGAAAAACAGAAUGGACCAAAAUGUUAAGCGGUUUAUAGUGUUCCAUAAUGGGUGAAUUAAUGAACUAUGAGCUGAGGAAGCCUUGGUUGAAACAUUCAAAGCACAGUUCAGCUCAGAAUAAGAUGGCUGACCUUGGGCAAACUGAUUGUCAGUCUCCGAAACAUAGGAAGUGUCUCUAUUUAUACUUGUAGGUCAGACUGUCUGGAGCUUCUCUGAAAGUUCAGACAAAAGUUUUUCAUCACCUACUAUUUUUCCCUUGCCUUAGCCACCUCUCUUCUGCUUUGCAUUUUGGAGCUAAGGAUAGUGGAGUACUUUAUUGGAUUAUGAAAAACACUGUGACAAUACACAUUCCCUUUAAAAGUCAGUGCAUCAAGUAAAAAUACAGAGUAUAUGAUUUUAUGAGUCAAACACAAAUGAGUAAACUCAUAAAACAGCAUUCUGAUGUAAUCCACUACUAGAUUAUAACUAAUGUUGAUAAUUACUUGUAACUAAGGCGUUACAAAAAAAUAAUAAUUACUUUUUAUAUAUUUUCUAAUAUAACACUUUCUUAGGACAAAGACCUACCGGCUAUAUUUAUCAAUUCUUUAUUAAAACACAUCUAUCCCACAGGAUCUCAGGAUGGAGUGCAAUGCAAACAAUUUAAAACUUUUCUACAUCAAAAGUAUAGAAUAUGUACUGUAUAAAAUGUUUAAAAUAAUAAUAUAAACCACGUUCAAAUGAAAUAGAUCCAUUUGAAAAAGUGUGCACGCACACAUCUUCAUUUGAAAUAUGUUGUUACCUAAAGACUUCAUUAAAAGUUUUGUUUUUUUUUAAUGUCAGGAGCGACUUGAGAAACUGCAAGUCGCUUCUGGUGUGAGAGAAUUGGCCGUCUGCAAGGACGUUGCACAAGGGGUGCCCGGAUGUUUUGAAGUUUUUACCAUUCUUGUGGGAGGCUUCUCUCAUGUCCCCACAUGGAGCUGGAGCUGAUAGAGGGAGCUCAUCCACGCUCUCCCCGGGUUGGAUUCGAACCUGGCCUUCAGGUCAGCAACCCAACCUUCAAGUCACAAGGCUUUGACCCAUUACGCCACCAGGGGCUCCUCAUUAAAAGUUAAUAUUUUAAUAUUUUAGGACAUGAGAAAAGCCUCCCAGCAGGAUGGUAACAUCCGGGCGUCCCCUGGGCAAUGUCUUUGUAGAAGGUCGAUUCUCCCACACCAGAAACGACUUUCAGUAUGUUUCUCAAUUCACUUCUGACAUGAUCAAUAAAGCUUACUCCUGGAAAGAAAUCAACACAUCUACCAGUUAGACCUCCAGGCAGUGCCCUCUUGACACAUGGGCACACUGGCCAGUUGCCUGGGCAGACCACAAGCAUAAGGGCCCCAUGCUAAUUAAUCCAUGCACAGACCAGAAUUUAACACUGAUUUUCCAGUCACCCACCUCAACAUUCAAAUCUCCUGCUAACUCAAUAAGAAAAAAUCCCUAUGACUUGUAUCAGAGAGUUGACAUAUCUGCAUUUGCUAGAGGAAUUUUACUAUUUUUAUUGCUGGCAAUAUUAUGGAAGCAGAAUAUGGUAACAGAUUUGAGGAAACAAUGAAUAGCUGUGGGCAACAGUUGCUGAAAAUGUACAGUUUGAUUAUUGGGAGCAGAGCUUCCUCUGUGUAUGUUUACAUUUUUAUUUCUCUGAGUGGUUGUGUUGGCAGGGCCCUACAUAAUAUAAUGCUAUUAGAUGGUGCUGUCUCCAGGGAGAGGGCCUUCCACAGUCAGGGUGCCAGAUCCAAGAAGACCCUUUCCUAUGUCCUUGCACAUUAGUGGCACGGGACUCUCCUUCAGACCUCAGUUCUUGGGCAGGUAUAUAUAGAGAAUUCAACAUGACUUCCUUACAAUAUGAGUCAACAAUUGAUAUGAGUAAAUUCUUUUUGGCUGCUUGUGUCACUAGUAUCAUUCAUUUUGGUGUUCCAAUUCAUUUUGUUCAAGGCAUUAUUCAUAUUAUUUAUUAUUUUACUAAAUAGCAGUUCCAAAACAGUGUGUAGGUAAUUUAACGAACAAAUCAAAAUUAGCAAAUACUAAACUACACUGGGCCCCUGGUGGUGGCACAGUGUGUUAAAGUGCUGAGCUGCUGAACUUGCAGACUGAAAGGUCCCAGGUUCAAAUCCCGGGAGCGGAAUGAGCGCCCGUUGUUAGCCCCAGCUCCUGCCAACCUAGCAGUUUGAAAACAUGCCAAUGUGAGUAGAUCAAUAGGUACCGCUCCGACAGGAAUGUAACGGCGCUCCAUGCAGUCAUGCCGGCCACAUGACCUUGGAGAUGUCUAUGGACAACGCCAACUCUUUGGCUUAGAAAUGGAGAUGAGCACCAACCCUCAGAGUCGGUCACGACUGGACUUAAGUCAGGGGAAAACCUUUACCUUUACCUAAGCUACACAGCUGCUCCAGCUACCAAGAAUGUCCCUAUCAGUCUAUGAAUCUUCCCCGCUUCUCUGUCCCUGUGAUACAUCAAGGACUGAGGGAUUUUUGUUAAAGUAAAUAAAAUUUGCUUCUUAUGUAGUUUUUCAAGAAUCUGUCAGAAAUCUUUGACCUGACUUGACAGUUGGAGAAUAUAAAUGCAUAUGGGGGGAAAACUUCUGAUCAUGAGCAUCCCAGUUAGUGAUGGUUCUAUAAUAUCUUCAAUUCACUUAAAUACUAUCAUUUCCUGUCAACUUGAAAUAUCAGCCUUUUUGCAGCAAAAAUGCCCCCCCCCAAAGACUUUUCCUAACAAAAUAAACCCUGAGCAGCCACUUUUGGUCAAAUUACUUGAGGGCAUUGCAUGCCCAAAUAAAGUUCAAAGGCAGCGUAAGCGAUAUGAAUAAUCUGAGCUGCCCAGCAGCAGAGAAACCCAUCCAGCCUGAUUAUGCAGCACCAACCACAAAUGUGCCAUUAAAAAGGGGGAAAUGAAAGGUUUGUGUAUUUGCUUCAGGCACUAUGGAAAGAGAAAUAAGGACAUCCAGAGCAGCUUUAAACUCAGCUAUAUAUUUGCAGGUAAAGCUAGCACUAAUGUACUUCUUCACUUAAGGUCACUGUGCUGUCAGAUCACAAUAACACUUAGCAUUUAUAUAGCACAUUCCAAGUGUUCAAAGUGUUCACAUACAUUAUCUUGGCAAUCCUUAUAACAGCUAAGUAUAACCAACUGAUUUUCCUUUUCCCAAGUAGCUAUUCUUGGAUUGUGGGUGAAUGAACAGUUGGCCUAGUUACUCUGUGGAUUUGGCAAGACUUGAACCAUGGUUUUCCUGACUCACAGUUCCCACCCUUAUGACAGAAUUGAAAUGCAGACUCAUCCAAUCAGUCAAUAUUUUUACAAUGACCAACAACUGAAGCUCAAGCAAUUUCAUAUUUCAUUCAAACUGGCUCCAUAUGUGGAGCUAAGAAAGACAGAAAAGUCCCCCCUACAAUCAAACAUCAAUUCAGGACCAGUAUUGCUUCAUUUUUCUUUGCCAGAAGAAAAUUUGUCAGAAUUUUUCAAUAAUAAUGUUAUUAAAUGCUCAAUGGACACUAUUUUUGUACCUUCUUACAUUUCCGUACUGCAGUGCUCCUUUUUAAAUGAUGGUGAUAAUAUUUCUUCUCUCUUUUUGGUCAAAAUCUGUAGGUCUAAACAAUGAUGUAAGUAAUUCUGAUAAGGUGAUACUUCCACAUCCCUAGAGAGUCAUAGCUCUGUAUCUAUGAGAAUAAUAAUUUUAUUGUGUUGUCGAAGGCUUUCAUGGCCAAGAUCACAGGGUUGUUGUAUGUCUUUCAGGCUGUGUGACCAUGUUCCAGAAGUAUUCUCUCCUGAUGUUUUGCCCACAUCUAUGGCAGGCAUCCUCAGAGGUUGUGAGAUAUGAAGAAACUAAGCAAGGAAGGUUUAUAUAUAUCAGUGGAAAGUCCAGGGUGAGAGAAGAACUCUUUGUUAGUUGAAGGCCAGUGUGAAUGUUGUAGUUAAUCACCUUGAUUAGCAUUGAAUACCUUCAUCUCCUGGCAUCUCCUGCCUGGGGGCAUCCUUUGUUCAGAGUCGUUAACUGCCCUUGGUUCCCAUGUCUUGUUAACAUUGAGGCUGGGUGGUGUUAUUACUUAUGGGAAAAAUAUGGUUAUUGUCUUCCAUAAGCCAUCAGAAAUGCUUCCCUAUCUGGAUCAUUUUGGCACGAGGUUGGGCACUUCACAUUUAUUUGGACAUUUUCUCAUGUAUAAAAUGAUCUAUAGAAGCUAUAUAACUCCCGAGGUGAUAAACAAAAUAGAUAAAUCCAUCGGGGGGAAUGCUGGAAAUGCAAAAUACAUAAAGGCACUGUCUUCUGUACUUGGUGGACUUGUAGGUUGGUACAAACAUUUUGGGAAAAGGUAAUCAAGAAAAAUUAAUAAUAAUAAUAAUAAUAAUAAUAAUAAUAAUAAUAAUAAUAAUAAUGCACUUUAUAUUCCGCUUUAUCUCCCUGGAGGGACUCAGAACGGAUUACAGUACCCAUAUAUAAGCAAACAUUCAGUGCCUUUUUACACAACGAACGACAUACAAUACACAGAUAAGGUAGAGGCCUUCCCAUUUUCAUCUCUGGCACCUGAGGUGUGCUGCUCAACUUUCGGCCAUGGGGAAGUGCUCUUGUUCUAUUUUCCAUGCCAAGGAGCCUGUAGACAUCUCCGAUCUUUUUGCUGGCAUGACUGCAUGUCUGCAUGGGAUGCCCUUUUACCUUCCCUCCAAGGCAGUAACUGUUUAUCUACUCACAUUGCAUGCUGUUAAACUGCUAGGUUGGUGAGUCGGGAGCUUACCCUGACUCGCGGCUUUGAAUUGCUAACCCUCCAGUCAGCAGCUGUUCCUGGAGCGAGCGGUUUUAACCACUAUACUACCACAGUUAGCAAAAACCCAAAAAUGUGCCUCUUAGGUUUAUUUAGGCAAAAAAAAAUCAGUAAAUAAGAUGUAGAAAUUUGUCAAUACAGUUUUGUAGCUGCAAAAUUAAUAAUCGCAAAAUCAUGGAAGUGGGAAAAAGGGCUAUUUAUACAGGACUGGAGAGGAAAAUUUUUAGACUAUAUCCAGUUGGCAUUAGAGGAGGAAAUAAUGAAGACUUUGUUAGAAAAUGGAGGCUUGCAUUUGAAUAUCUAGGAAAGAAGACAAAGGUAGACUUUAGAAUAGCAACAAAGGGGAAACGUUUAAUAUAAAGAGAAAGGUAGAUGUUAAUGAGGUAUUAGUUUUACAUUGAAUGGUGUUGGAAGUUAUGGGUGGUGGUUCACGGGUGGGGAGGAGGUUGAGUGUGCUAGACAAAUGUAUUUGUAUUAUGCGUAUUUGAUGUAUUUCCUUUAUUUCCUUUUACAUUCUGUAUAUCACCUUUACACAAUAAAAAUUAUUUAAAAAUCUAAAAAUUAUUCUGAUGUAGCAGUGGUCUCUAAUAGUUGGAAUAAAGUACAUAGUCUGAUGAGGUUGGUCUUGAAUAUUUCAGAUGAAGUCAACAUAAUAAACAUUAUCUUGAUUUCAUCUACUCCACUUUAUAUCUGAUCUGUUUUCAGGCAUAAAGUACUACUUAUAACCAAUAUGGUCCUAGACUCUGAUCCAGAAUUCAAUCUUAAAAACUGUAUUGUCUUACCUGAGCCUGAUCAGGCUCUGAAGAUCUCCAGAGAAAACCCAAGUUUUAAAUUGACCACAUUACCAGGGAAGUUUAGAAGGAAACAAAUGCAAAGGUUCUCUCAGUGUCUGUUCCCAAGCCUUGUAACUUUCUUCUCAAGGAGAAUAGAACUGGUCCCUCUUUGCUGUCAUUCUGCCAGGAAGUAAAACCUUCCUGUUCCAUCAGACUUUUAAAAUGAACUGUAAUUGCUGCUUUGUACUGUUGUUGUACAUUUUAUAUUUUAAUGGAUUUUCAAUAUUUUCAAUUCUAUAUACAGUAGAGUCUCACUUAUCCAAGCUAAAUGGGCUGGCAGAAGUUUGGAUAAGUGAAUAUGUUGGAUAAUAAGAAGGGAUUAAGGAAAAGCCUAUUAAACAUCAAAUUAGGUUAUGAUUUUACAAAUUAAGCACCAAAACAUCAUGUUAUACAACAAAUUUGACAGAAAAAGUAGUUCAGUAUGAAAUAAUGCUAUAUAGUAAUUACUGUAUUUACAAAUUUAGCACCAAAAUAUCACGAUUUAUUGAAAAUAUCAACUACGAAAAUGGCUUGGAUAAUCCAGAAACUUGGAUAAGCGGGGCUUGGAUAAGUGAGACUCUACUGUAUUAUUUAAUCAUACUUUGAAAUAUAUUUUCAUAUGUAUUUAGUAGGAAUUGAUUUUUUUUAAAAAAAGCAUGACAAAGGGAAUCUUGGUUUGAUGGGAGUUUUUUUGCCUUUCAGGAUUUAUUCUGCACAAAAUAAGCACAGUUUUCUGCAUAUAGUUUUUCAUAGAAAUAUCAUUUCAUGUAUAAGUUUUUAUGUUUUCUGUUCCAAAACUUCUGUAAUUGUAUACAGUAAUUGCAAACUGUAAUAUCUACACAGGCUGGUAAUUGCAGGGCUGGUCUGGAAGGGCAGUACUCUGGACUGGCUUUGGGGGUUCUGCUGUGGUGGUGGUGCAGAAUCUAAACUAUCCAAUGGGAUCAAAUUCAGUUAAACCUCCUGGAUGGCCAUUGGCCACCCUUACCUAUGUUGUGUUGUCAUCAUCAUAGCAGAGUGUGAUCCCCCUUUCCUCUCCUAGUAAUGUGGGUCCCUUUGCUUUCAUUGUCAAGGUAAAGGAAAAGGUUUCCCCUGACGUUAAGUCCAGUCGUGAAUGACUCUGGGGGUUGGUGCUCAUCUCCAUUUCUAAGCCGAAGAGCUGGCAUUGUCUAUAGACAUCUCCAAGGUCGUGUGGCUGGCAUGACUGCAUGGAGCGCUGUUACCUUCCCGCCGGAGUGGUACCUAUUGAUCUACUCACAUUGGCAUGUUUUCAAACUGCUAGGUUGGCAGGAGCUGGAGCUAACAGCAGCCGUUCACGCCGCUCCUGGGGUUUGAACCUGGGACCUUUUGGUCUCCAGCUCAGUGCUUUAAUACACUUCGCCACCGGGGCUCAUUGUCAAAGGUACCCAGAAAUGACCAGGAACUAUUUGGCGUUCCAUAGUUGCUGCUACAAUGGUGACAAUGCAACACAGAUAUGUGGCACUAUGUUCCUUACAUGAUGAAGCAGGAGAAAAGCAGGAGGCAGCACUGCCCACAUGAACAUUGAAGCUGGUUCUGAUUCAGAACCAGUCCAGUUAGUCACAACACCCAGAAGUAUGGGAUGCUCCAGAGCUUCUGAAUUUUCCUUAUGCAUGAUACAAUCAUGUUCGAGGUUAGAUACCUUUGUAUGUCAUGUAAACACAAUGGGCCAAUUCUUACCUGCUUUAUAAUGAUUGUGUACAUGAUCACUUAAUUUUUAACACCGUUACUUUGUACAGAAAACUGCUCUUUCUGUUUAGGAAAUAAUAUUUCUAUCCAGAAAAAAAGCUGAUUCUUCUGCAGAAAAAGAUACUUCAUGCACAAAAUAACUACAGUAUGUGCAAAUUUUGCACAGAAUAAGUCCCAAGUUGUAAAUAGGUUUUGUAAACUGUGAGGGUCUUGAAGACUUUCUUUCAGCAAAGAGAUGUAAAGAUAAAGGUUUUCCCUGACAUUAAAUCUAGUGGUUUCUGACUCUGGAGUUUGGUGCUCAUCUCCUUUUCUAAGCCGAAGAGCCGGCAUUGUCUGUAGACGCCUCCUAGGUCAUGUGGCUGGCAUGACUGUAUGGAGCACUGUUACCUUCUCACUGGAGCAGUACCUAUUGAUCUACUCACAUUUGCAUUUUUCCCCGAAUUGAUAGGUUGGCUAAAACUGGGGCUAACAGUGGGAGCUCCCCCUGCUCCCCGGAGCCGAACCGCUGACUUUUCGAUCCACAAAUUCAACAGCUCAGCAAUUUAAUCCACUGUGCCACUGGGAUUUCUCAGCAAAGAGAAUAUAGAUUAAAUUGCUCAUUACUUUUUUGAGGAGACAGUUAAUGUGGAAUUAUAUCCCUAGGAUUUGUUUACUGAUGUCUUUUAAUGUAUAUAAAUCUAUGUUUGUUUUAAUUUAAAAAUCCAGCUUGAGUCCCUGUAUUGAGGCAAAAGUAGAAUAGACAUGAUACUGAUGUAGAGGCCAGUGUGUCAUAACUUGUCUUGUUGCGAUAUCAAAGUCAUUUUAUUUUGGUGGCAUUGCUUGGUGAAAUUGAUAUGAAAAAGAUGAAUGCUAAGAUGUUCAGGGCUUUUUACAAUUGUGUUUUACCAGAUCUAACCAACAAUGAUAUGUAGAACAUUCAGAAAUGUGAAACAGAUUCAGGACUAGAGAUUACUUUGGGAUGGAAAUAUAUACCCCCAAGUAUGCUGAAAAUGUAUGUGUGUGUGUGUUAAAAUUUGACGCAAGAGAAAGAAACUGGAGGAAAUGAAGAAGGUUGUAGAUUCCAAAAGAUUGGAUAGUAUUGGGCUGCAGCGUAUUUCAGUAAUUAAGUUCAUGCAUAUUAUUACUGUAUUGUAAUUUUCCUUUUUCAUUACAUUUACAUUUCAUCCUCGAGAAUUAUAUGGCCAAUGGAAGAUAGAGUUAAGCCUUAUUAUGAGCUAGAUUUCAGGAAUAUUAAGUGUCUUGUAAAGUUAUAUCACUUUGGAUUAUUAAAUGCAGAUUUGAAAUUUGA